CUAACUCCGUUAGUCUGAGUGGGAAGAAAAUGGCUGACAGUCAUGAAUUGUUCGAGUGCUCCAUCUGUCUACAGUUACUGGAUGAUCCUGGGACGACGGCCUGUGGACACAGUUACUGUAUAAAAUGCAUCAGUGCCUUCUGGGAUGUACAUAAUGACAGUGGAAGGAGUUACAGCUGCCCUCAGUGCAGGCAGACUUUCACCCCGAGGCCUGAUCUGAAGAGAAACACACUCCUGGCUACCGUGUUAGAGGACCACAAGAGGACAAACAGUCUAAAUGCUGCUGCUGCUGCUGCUGAAGACACCUAUGCUGCACCUGGUGAUGUGCCAUGUGACGCCUGCACAGGGAGAAAACAAAAAGCUUGCAUGUUCUGCCUGGUGUGUUUGGCCUCUUACUGUGAGACUCACCUGCAGCCUCACUUUGAGGUGCCACCAUUAAAAAAGCACAAUCUGAUACAAGCCUCUGCAAGGAUCAAAGACAACAUCUGUGGCCGUCAUGACAAACUCCUGGAGAUUUACUGUCGCACUGAUCAGCAGUUCAUAUGCCUGCUGUGUGUGGUGGAUGAGCACAAAGGUCACGACGCAGUGGCAGUGGCAGCAGAGAAGUGUGAAAUGCAGAAACAGCUGGAGGGGACUAAAGAGGAAAUAGCAGACCGAGUGUUGAAUUCAGAGAGGAAAAUGGCAGAGCUGAGGCAGGCUGCAGGCUCUAUAAGAGAUGCUGCGUGGGAGGCGUGUGAUGACUUUGAGCAACAGUGCGUGGAAAGCGUCCGUAUAUUCAUCCACUCUGUGGAGAGAAAGCGCUCUGAGAUGAGGGAGAAAGUUGGAGAAGCGGAGAAAGCCGGAGUGGACUGGACCAACAGUCAUCUCAGGCAGCUGGAGCGUGAAGUGUUGGAGCUGAGGAGGAGAGAGGAUGAACUCGACCAGCUUUCACUAACAGAGGACCCCAUUCAGUUUCUGCAGGGUUUCAAGGCCCUGGGUGGCCUCCCUGUCUUCACAGACUCACAUCAAAGACUUGACCAGCUGACAGAGUUUGCCACUGCACAGACAGAUAAACUGAGAAAUAUGUGCAACAAAGAAAAGAAAGAAUUAUUCAGUCAUUCUGAAAAAAAUAUGUUGUCAUCAGAAAAGCCAAGGCGGCUUGAGGAAACAUCAAGGAAAUACUUUUUGACCAAAUAUAAAAACUCCACAGUAGAGGUGGAUCCCAGCACAGUAGCUGCAUAUCUUUGCUUGUCUGAGAGAAACCGUGAGAUAUCGUGGGGUGACAGGGACCAGGCUCACCCUGACCACCCCGACAGAUUCACCUUCUAUCACCAGGCUCUGUGCAAAAAGGGCCUCAAGGGCAGCCACUACUGGGAGGUGGAGUGGGAUGGUGGCGUUGUGGAUUUGGCCGUGUCAUACAAAGGCAUUGAAAGGAAGGGUACAGGCAAACAUUGCUGCUUUGGCCACAAUGAGCUCUCCUGGAAAUUAACCUGCUCUUCUUCCGGCUGCACGUUUUGGCACAAUAAUCUUCACAGAGGCCAGAUUCCUCCGGUUCUCUCCCGCAGAGUGGGCAUACACCUGGAUUACGAAGCGGGAACACUUUGCUUCUACAGUGUCUCUGACUCUGAUCAUUUGACACGGCUGCAUCAAAUCCAGACCACCUUCACUGAACCUCUCUAUCCUGGCUUUUCUGUUGAUUUAGGUUCAACACUGAAAAUACGUAACAUCUAAGCCAAUGGGAAAUGGACUUGCAUUUAUAUAGCCCCUUUCUAGUCUUCCGACCACUCAAAGCGCUUUACACUACAUGUCAGUAUUCACCCAUUCACACACACAUUCACACACUGAUGGCAGAGGCAAGGUGCCAACCUGCCCGUCAGGAUCUAAUCUAAAUACUCAUUCACACACCGAUGGCUCAGCCUUCGGGAGCAAUUUGGGAUUCAGAAUCUUGUCCAAGGACAGUUCAACAUGUGGACUGGAGGAGCCGGGGAUUGAACCCGAGUGAUGGAUGACCCUCUGUACCUCUGAGCCCCAGCCGCCCCAACCAGUCUAUAUUAACACACGUUAGCCGCAGGACUUCCUGUCAUUUAUGAUUCAGGGAUGGAAAAAAAGCACAAGAGUAGGAACAUAUGCAAAGUUAUGCAUAUUUGUGUGUGCAUGAUUUAGAGAGACAUUAUCAGGCAACAUGUAAUAUAUGGGUCAUUUGUACCGAGAAUCUUGAUUAUGAAUCAAAGAGUGGAAAAUGGAAACUACUUCUAUUAUAUUUUGGCUUCUCUUAAAUGUUGCUAAAAACUUACCAUGUUCAAUUGUUGUAUUUUCUUUUUAUGCCUCCGUGCUGGCGACAACCGUGGCCGGAGGCAUUAUGUUCUCAGAUUGCCGGCUGUAUGUAAGCGCAUUCCGCACGUAGGUCCAUUCUCAUGAACGCAAUAUAUAUAUAUAUACGUGUAUAUAUAUGUAUAUAUACACGUAUAUAUAUAUAUAUAUAUAUUUUGGCGGUCAAAGGUCAAAGUCACUGUGACCUCACAAAACACGUUUUUGGCCAUAAUUCAAGAAUUCAU